AUGGAGAGAGAGAGAGAGAGAGAGAGAGAGAGAGAGAAUGGGAAGGCUGAGCUACGACCCGCAGAUCCAGCACUCCAGCCACCCCCACACCCUGCAACUCUCCAACUUCCAGAACCUCCACCGCCGCCACCAGCAGCAACCACAGCCGGCCUCUCCUCCGUCUGCUCCGGUUGCCUCCACCCCCUCUCCUCCGGCGGCGCGUGGGUCUACUCCUGCCCGCCCUGCGGCUUCGCCGUCCACGCCUCCUGCGCCCACCUGCCCCCGCUCAUCACCCACCCUUCCCACCCCAAGCACCCCCUCUCCCUCCUCCCCCCCGCCUACCCCUGCGGCUCCUUCGACUGCGACGCCUGCGGCCGCCGCGCCGGCGGCGGGUUCAGCUACCACUGCGCCGAGUGCCACUUCGACCUCCACGUCGCGUGCGCGUCGAAGCCGCUCUCGGUCACCCACCGCCUCCACCCCCACGCCCUCGGCCUCGCGUUCCAUCCGCCGUACGCGACGCGCGGGUUCUCGUGCGACGUGUGCCGCGGCACCGGGGCGUACCACUGGCUCUAUCGGUGCGGCGCGUGCGAGUUCGACGCGCACCUGGACUGUGCCACUGCCACAGGUACUGCCGCACAACCAUCGCCGCAACAGCCGCCGCCGCCGCCGCCGCAGCUGCAACACUACAACUCAUAUCCAGGAGCAACCACUAGUCAUUUGCAUCAAUACCCUAACCAGACCGCGCCCGCCGUCGCCGUCACGGCACCCACGGCUCAACCGGGGCCGCCUAACCACAUCAUGCAAAGUUAUAGCAUGGGAGCCGUACCCAACUUUCAGCCGUUGCAGCCGCUGCCCGCCACAGCUGGAGGAAACAACUCUCUGAUGGGCUCGGCGAGUCAGGCUUUCGCCCAUGGCGCUACCAAUCAGUUGGGACAGACCUUCGUGCAGGGGAUGCUGAGCGACACUAGCGGCGGGAACGAUAACGGCAAUGAUGGCUCAGGGGAUUCCUCUUCCACGUCCAUUACGGACGUCGGAUUGUUGAUCCUGAGCACCAUGUUAGGAGGGUCUUAGAUUCUCAGGAUCAGUAAAAAUCAGAUCCAACUUUGAGAAUUAUCUAAUCAAAUAUAAUGGAAGACUGAAACGACACGAACCAUGAACGGUACAGCAUACAUGGUCGCUGGGCCGAGUGCACGUUCCUGACAGAUUGAAUUUGCAGUUUCUUUUUGGUCAAUGUCAACGUUUUGUGUUUCAGAAGGGUUUGAGACUAAAGUUCAGCUUCUUCUUUCGCCUGAAAUCCGCCAUGGAUGAGCCAGUGACGCGUGUAUGGUUGGAGAGUGAAUUGGUCAACGCGUUUGGGGAUGUAAUUGUUUGUGACAUGCAAGGAAAGUAGACCACUUCAAUGAAAGUCUGUACAUCUCCGUUCUUGAA